GUUCACUGAGGCUGACCAGGACUUCAGUGAUGAGAACCGCACGUACCAGGCCUCCAGCCCAGACGAGGAUGAGUCCACAGCAGAAAUCAACUUCUACAUGAAAGGCGCGGACAUGGCCAUGUCUUCUAUUGUGCAGUACAACGACUGGCUGGAGGAGGAGUGUGGAAACAUGGCACGUGAAGGACUGCGGACACUCGUGGUGGCAAAGAGGGCACUAACAGAAGAGCAGUACCUGGACUUCGAGAGCCGUUACAGUCAAGCCAAGCUAAGCAUCCAUGACAGGGCACUGAAGGUGGCUGCCGUGGUAGAGAGCCUGGAGCGAGAGAUGGAGCUGCUGUGUCUCACAGGUGUGGAGGAUCGACUGCAGGCUGAUGUGCGGCCCACACUGGAGACACUCCGCAAUGCCGGCAUUAAGAUAUGGAUGCUCACAGGAGAUAAGCUCGAGACAGCCACUUGCAUUGCCAAAAGUUCACAUUUGGUGUCGAGAACACAGGAUGUCCAUAUUUUCAGACCUGUGACCAGUCGAGGAGAGGCCCAUUUGGAGCUGAAUGCAUUUAGAAGAAAGCAUGAUUGUGCACUGGUCAUAUCUGGGGACUCUCUGGAGGUGUGCCUAAAGUACUACGAGCACGAAUUUGUGGAGCUGGCCUGCCAGUGCCCCGCUGUGGUGUGCUGCCGCUGCUCGCCCACGCAGAAGGCUCGCAUCGUAACACUGCUGCAGCAACACACAAGAAGACGCACCUGUGCCAUUGGUGAUGGAGGAAAUGAUGUGAGCAUGAUUCAGGCAGCAGACUGUGGAAUUGGGAUUGAAGGAAAGGAGGGGAAGCAGGCCUCACUGGCAGCCGACUUCUCCAUCACCCAGUUCAGGCAUCUGGGCCGACUGCUCAUGGUGCAUGGGAGGAACAGCUACAAGAGGUCUGCAGCGCUUGGGCAGUUUGUCAUGCACAGGGGCCUUAUCAUCUCCACCAUGCAGGCUGUGUUCUCUUCAGUCUUCUACUUUGCAUCUGUUCCUCUGUACCAGGGAUUCCUCAUGGUGGGGUAUGCAACUAUAUACACCAUGUUCCCAGUGUUCUCUUUAGUGCUGGAUCAAGAUGUGAAGCCAGAGGUGGCGAUGCUUUAUCCAGAGCUAUACAAGGACCUCACCAAGGGGAGAUCCUUGUCCUUUAAGACCUUCCUCAUCUGGGUGUUAAUCAGUAUUUACCAAGGUGGCAUCCUCAUGUAUGGGGCCCUGGUGCUGUUCGAGUCCGAGUUCGUGCACGUGGUGGCCAUCUCCUUUACAGCACUGGUCCUCACUGAGCUGCUCAUGGUGGCACUGACCGUGCGCACAUGGCACUGGCUGAUGGUGGUGGCCGAGUUUCUCAGCCUAGGCUGCUACGUGGCCUCGCUGGCUUUUCUCAAUGAGUAUUUUGAUGUGGCCUUUAUCACCACUGUGACCUUCCUGUGGAAAGUGUCAGCCAUCACCGUGGUCAGCUGCCUCCCGCUCUACGUACUCAAGUACCUGCGGCGCAAGCUUUCCCCACCCAGCUACUGCAAGCUGGCCUCCUGAGGCCAUGCGGCCACAGCCUUUCCAGAGAGUGCAGGGCACCCACCUGGCACCAAGGGAGGACUGCAAAAGGGGUCACUGUGUCGAGAGAGUCUGGUGGACAGACAAGGGGCACAGGCCUCUUCCUAUCUGUGUGGGGGCUUCGCUCUGCUUUUCUGUUUCCCUUUUUAUUGUUUGUCAGAAUUUAUUUCCAUAUUGAGGCAGCUCGACUUUCUAUUGACACAAGCCCUAAUGACCUCACCGUUACUGUAAAAGGUUUAUCUGACCCCAGCAUUCUAAGAAUUGACACGAGAGCUUAAUUUCUGCAGUUUCCUAACAUCUGGAUUCUUCCUUCGGUGUUAUACACAGAAAUUCCUUCCUAUUUAAGUAUAAUAAAACCUAGGCGCUGUCAAGACCAA